GCAGAUGGCGGCAGUCUAGAGCAGCUGCGGCCCCUCCUGCUUUUAUAACACGUCAGGCACUGAAUGAAAAGCGAGUUCUUUAAAUGACAAAGAGCACGGGUACCAAGUGCCACCUGAACUGCUAGGUACUGUUAGUGCGCUACCAAUAUUUUACUUCAAAUACAUCCACAAUAGACGGCGACAGAAGUUGUGAUGGAGCAUCAUUCAUAAUGUACGCCACUGCUAUUUAAUGCUUCUUUCUGCCUAAUACCCAAAGCUCAGGAGUAUUAUUACCUGGCACUGGCAGCCAUACCAGUUGUUUCUGUCCUCAUGGCUAAACUCCAGACAACGGAUGCUCUGCUUUCUUCAAGAUGUCUCUUUUUGGUAUUCGCUUUGGUUUGCCUGCUUUCUUCAGUUAGAGAUUGCAAUGCAGCUAGAGUUUUGAGUUCUAGUGAACCUCCGUCUCAAAGUUUUGCCAAUGAUUCUUCUUCUGAUGAUUGUGAUCAAAUUUUUAAUGUGCAAUACUAUGGUGCUGUUGGAGAUGGAGUCACAGAUGAUACAGAGGCAUUUCAAUUGGCGUGGCAAGCAGCGUGUGAAGUUGAAUCAGCAGUCGUUGAGGUUCCUCAAGGCUACUCUUUCAUGAUACAAUCUACCAUUUUCUCUGGGCCCUGCAAAGGUGGUCUUAGUUUUCAGGUGGAUGGUGUUCUGCUUGCCCCUGAUGGCCCUGAUUGCUGGAAUGAGAAUUCUAGUAAACUGAAUUGGAUUGUGUUUUACAAGUUACAAAAUUUCACUCUUCAAGGAAAGGGCCUCAUUGAUGGGAAUGGACAGAAGUGGUGGGAUCUUCCAUGCAAGCCACACAAAGGACCAAACGGGACAACAUUGCCUGGGCCAUGCGAAAGUCCCACAGCCAUAAAAUUCUUCGACAGCAGCAACGUGACUCUAAGAGACCUGAGGAUCAGAAACAGUCCACAGAUGCACUUGAGGUUCGAUUACAGCAAAUCAGUUGUCAUCGACAAUAUAAUCAUCAACACUCCUGCAUUGAGUCCCAACACUGAUGGCAUACACGUCUCGGGCAGUCAGUCUGUUGGAAUAUACAACUCAGCCAUUUCCACUGGUGAUGACUGCAUAUCAAUUGUUUCUGGUGCAGCCAACGUUGACAUACGAAAUGUGACAUGUGGGCCAAGUCACGGGAUCAGCAUUGGAGGACUGGGGAAUCACAAUUCACAAGGGUGUGUCUGCAACAUAAGUGUCAGCGACGUCGUCAUUCUGAACUCAGACAAUGGCCUUCGAAUCAAGACAUGGCAGGGCGGGCUUGGAUCGGUCUCUGGAGUGACCUUCGACAACGUGUACGUGGAGAAUGUGAGAAAUCCGAUCAUAAUCGAUCAGUUUUACUGCUUUAGCAAGGGAUGUCACAAUGCGACAAUGGCAGUGUACGUAUCUGAUAUUGCCUACAGAGGCAUUCGUGGAACUUAUGACGUGAAGAGCCCCGCCAUGCACUUUGCAUGCAGCGACACCAUUCCUUGUACGAAUAUUACUCUGGCAAAUAUAGAACUUCUUCCGGCUCAGGGCCAGAUGAUUGAGAAUCCCUUUUGCUGGAAUGCUUAUGGAUCUACUCAGACUCUCAUUAUUCCUCCUCUGGAAUGCUUGCAGGAGGGCAAGCCUCAUUCUACAAUUCAGGGCAAUAUAGACAGUUGCUCAUAUUGAUGAUGACAUUGUAGAGUACAGAGUAGUCAGAUCACCCAUAUCAUAGAUUAUAAAAAAAUCCAAAUCCAUUUUCAUUUUUAUUUCCAUUCUACUAUAGAAAACCAUAUACUUACUCUCUUAGGAUUACCUAGAAGUAUAGGAUUAUAAUUAUACUUAAUCUCUGUUAGGAUUAGCUAGAAUUAUAGGAUUAUCUUACGACCAUUAUAGGAUUAGUGAAAUUUGACAUGGAUUCCGGUGCCGCUCAGGUUGCAGGAGAAUCUUGGAACUUUUACAUUGUAUACAGCUAUUUACUAAUAUAUAAAAAAAUAUUUUUAGGUAUCUGGCCUGUCACACUUCACUUGGGCUCUCUGGUGAUUUGUAUCUUGUGUCAGGUACGAAGCGAAUCAUAGGUGGUGGAAAAGACUAGACUAGGAAAGAGGACCCACUGGUUGGGUACCUUCUUGUUUCAGUGGCAUCUCUUCAUUUGGAGUCAUUUCAAUUGACCCAAAUUUGUAUUCAACACUAUCAAAGUUUUUUAUUAAAAUAUAAAUGAUCUGUGGAAGAUUAAAA